AUGAUUUCUCUCUUUACAACCGUGGUUUUGUGCUUUCUUUCCGCUUCUCAAUGUCUCUUUGUUAAUGGCUCGCCGACAAAUUCUCCAAGAGAUGAUGCUCGUGAGCAAGUUAAAUCCGAGUAUGACUAUAUAGUGGUUGGUGGAGGGACGGCAGGUCUCACCGUCGCUGAUAGACUCACUGAAAGUGGAAGAUACACUGUGCUUGUGAUUGAAUAUGGGGAUUUUGGUAGCGCUGCCCUCCCGCCUAUGAGAACCCUCAAUAACUUAGAUUCAAGACAAUUCAACUUCUGUUCAGACGGUAGCAGGAGGUGCUCAAAGUUUCUUCAAUACUACUCACUUAUGGCAAAUCCCUUCUACUCCUCAACCUGGAAUGAACAACAGAACACAACUUGUUGUGCUUGGCAAAAUGCUUGGCGGGCAACUACAUUCACACCCCCGCCACAAGCACUUGCCAAUGAGUUUGAUAUCAAGACUGAUAGAAGAUUUUGGGGAAAUGUUGGGACUAAGAUCUAUGCCACACUCCCAUCAUUCCAAUGGCCACAACUCAAAACAAAUUUCAGAGCAUUCAGAGAUAUUCCAGGUGCAACCUACCCACCAGACUCUGGUUCCGGUCUUCCAGGAGUCUUUUGGUUUCCUUCAUCAUAUGAUCCCGUGACGAUCACCAGAUCGUUUUCACGCACUGGUCAUUGGGAUGGACUCAACCGCCGGAACUACCAAACGAUAACUGGCUCCAGAGUUAUCAAGAUCACUUUCAAUGGCGAUCAAGCUUCUGGUGUGCAAUAUGUGCCCAGCUCGGCGACUACAGUGACUGCGAGCAACGUCAAGACUGUGAAAGCGAAGAAGGAAGUCAUUCUAAGUGCAGGAAGUAUCCAUUCGCCACAGAUUUUGCAAAGCAGCGGAAUCGGUCCAAAGUCGAUUCUCAAGGCUGCAAAUAUUCCUUUGAAAGUUGAGCUUCCUGGGGUCGGUCAGAACUUCCAAGAUCAUCUGUUCAAUCCUGGUCAUGCUUUUCUCUUUGAGAACUUCACUGCCGACCCCAGUCCUGAAGAUUUGAACGAUCCAGCUUUUGCCGCGGCAGCUCAGCAGCAAUUCGAUCAAAACAAGACUGGUCCCCUUGUCGUCGCCUCUGGAAACUCUGCGGCAUUCCUACCACUCUCUGUGGUAGCACCUACCACAUUUGCCAGACUCGUCUCAACCUUCCAAUCAGCAGACCCAGCAGCUUACCUCCCACCAAACACUCACCCAACAGUCAUCGCAGGCUACAAAGCCCAACAAGCCAUCCUCGCCGACGCCUUCCGCUCCAAGGGCUCCGCAACCUACAACAUCCAAUUCGGCGGCGGCGCCGUCGAAGGCUUCAGCGUGAAUCUCCGCCCCACAAGCCGCGGAACCGUCAACGUCGACCCUCGCGACCCCCUCUUCCUCGACCCCAUCGUCGACUACCGCGCCCUCUCCAACCCCACCGACCUCGCCAUCCUCAUCGAAUUCAUGCGCUUCACCCGUCGCUACAUGGCCACGCCCACUCUCGCCUCCUCCGCACCCCGCGAACUCGCGCCUGGCGCAAAUGUCACCAGUGAUGCGGAUCUAGGUGAGUUUAUUCGUGGGGUCAUGUGGCCGACGGUGUUCCAUCCUAUUGGCACGAAUGCGAUGGCGCCGAAAUCUUUGGGGGGCGUGGUGGACACUGAGUUGAGGGUUUAUGGGACGAGGGGGUUGAGGGUUGUGGAUGCUAGUGUUAUUCCAUUGUUGCCCGGGGCGUAUACGCAGCAGACUACUUAUGCUAUUGCUGAGAAGGCUGCGGAUUUGAUUAAAGCUGCGCAAUGA